AUGUGCACGUAUCAUAAGGAACGUGGCCACCACACCACGCAAUGCCCACCUUUCAAAAGGUAUCUAGAAGAGCUAGCAGCUGCCGGUCACCUCAAUCAGUGGAUCGACGUUCGGCAAAAUCCACUUCCUCCACCUCCCCCUCUUGUUGGCAAUCUCGUAAGCGUAAUACAAGGGCUAGUAUCCGAAGGAAGGGCGGCCGAACUUCGUUCAGAAAUUGACAGGGCUGUCGCCUCUGUAUCAAUCUGCAACGUGGGCGCUUUGGGAAAGCGAAAGUGGGAAGAUCCGAGCUUCGGCGGCACCAUAACUUUUUCUUCCAACGACUUAAAAGGAGUGCAACUUCCACAUGCAGAUGCCCUCGUCGUCACUAUUGCUAUUGAAAAAUCAACCGUACAAUGGGUAUUGAUAGAUCAGGGAAGCUCGGCCGAUGUCAUGUUUUUCUCCACUUAUCAAAGCCUCGGAUUAUCUCCCGCUCAACUUCGGAUGGCGUCAACUCCCCUUGUCAGUUUUACGGGAGCCCCGGUAUGGCCACUCGGCCUGAUUACCCUCCCUGUGCGAGCUGGAUCACGCAUCCUGGAGAUCGAAUUUGUGGUGGUCGCUUCGCCAAGUCCGUACAACGUCAUUCUUGGCCGAACCUGGCUACACGAAAUGCAAGCGGUGGCUUCAACAUAUCACCAGGUGGUAAAAUUCGUCGGAUGGAACGGACGACAGGAAAGCCUGCGAGGCGAUCAAAUCCAAUCCAAGAAAUGCUACAUCACCACUGUAACGAACAAACAGAGCUGCAUGGAGGUACAAUGCGUGGCUGCCGCUCCUAUCCCAGUGAUUGAGGAUGUUGGUGUACCUGCCGAACAGCGGUCAACCGAGGAGCUAAUACGUUUUUCCAUUCCGGGGGAAGAAGGAAGAUAUUUUUUGAUCGGGAGUUCAUUGAGUAUGGACGAACGUGGGGAGAUGUAUCAAUUCCUGAUAAGAAACAUAGAGGUCUUUGCUUGGACUCCACAAGACAUGCCGGGCGUGGACCCUUUGUUCGCCAUGCACUCAUUGAAUGUAGAUCCAAAUAGACGACCGGCUGUGCAAAAAGUCCGACGCUCGUCGGCCGCACAUACCGAAGCUGUGAUAGCAGAGAUGAAUCAACUGUUGGAAGCUGGCGUCAUUUGGGAAGUGCUAUACCCCACCUGGCUUGCCAACCCAGUAGUAGUCCCGAAGAAAAAUGGGAAACUAAGGGUUUGUGUCGAUUACACGAACCUCAAUGAUGCCUGCCCUAUGGAUCGAUUUCCACUUCCUCGGAUUGAGCAGAUGGUAGAUGCAACGGCAGGAUGUGAGCGUUUGAGCUUCAUGGACGCGUAUCGGGGCUACCAUCAAAUAGCUUUGGAUCCGAAGGAUCAAGAAAAAACGGCCUUCAUCUCGCCUCGGGGAACUUUCUGCUACAAGGUUGUCCCGUUCGGCCUGAAGAAUGCGGGCGCCACCUUCCAGCGCUCCAUCACGAAGAUGUUUCCUGGCAUGCUCGGCGUAAAAGUAGAAGCUUAUAUUGACGAUUUGGUUUGCAGAAGCGUAUUCGCUCGGGAUCAUCUUCGAGAUCUGGGAGAGGUCUUUGCUGUUCUAAAACAUAGGAACCUACGUCUCAAUGCCGAGAAGUGUGCGUUCGGCGUUAGCUCGGGGAAAUUCCUAGGGUACAUGGUGAGUCGCCGAGGAAUCGAAGCGGACCCUACCCAAAUUUUGGCUGUGCAGAGGCUCCGAGCUCCGACGACAAUUAAAGAGGUACAGCGGCUCACGGGGAUGGUUGCUGCCUUGAACCGUUUCAUUCGACGUUCGAGCAAUCUCUGCCGCCCAUUCUUCCGAGCAAUCACUACAAGCCGGCGCAAAUUUGUAUGGACAGAGGAGUGCGAGCAGGCUCUGCAGUCUUUAAAGCAAUACCUAUCUCACGCUCCUUUGCUCGUCAAACCCCUGCCCGAUGAAGAUCUAUAUCUUUACCUUGCUGUUUCCGACCAUGCAACGAGCGCGGUUCUUGUUCGGAGAGAGGGGAUGGACCAUCAACCGAUCUUCUAUUCCAGUAAAACGAUGACGGACUCUCAGACGAGGAUUGUGGUCCUCACUGAGUUCCCUCUCAAAGUUGUUCUUCGGAAAACGGACACGUCGAGCCGGAUUUUGAAGUUCUCUCAAGACUUGGCCAACUUCGACAUCCAAUUCGAGCCUCGGACAGCUAUCAAAGGGCAAGUCCUGGCCGACUUCUUCGCCGAACUCACUCCCGGCUUACAAGACGAGGCCAAUGCCCUGGCAACUGCCGCUGAAGAAGCUCGAAUUCAAGAAGAAGAGGUUUUAGAAGGGCCGUCCAGCUGUCGUACCGAACCGUUACGUGCUCGGUAUUCCCUCGGGCGUAAGAAACCCAAACGACAAUGGAAGCUCUUCUCCGGCGAUGCUUGGCGACUGAUCGUUGAUGGAGCUUCUAAUGUCCAUGGAGCUGGUGCAGGCAUCGUCCUUGUGUCCCCCAGCGGGACUGUUCAUGAAAGCGUGGUUUCGAUUGGGUACACGGCGACGAACAACGAGGCGGAAUAUGAAGCUCUAAUUGCAGGCCUCCAACUUGCUCUUCGGCUGGAUGCAGAUUCGGUUCAUGUCUUUUGUGACUCUUAG